AAAAGAUAUGAAUAUAAUUGCUAUCUUGUCAAUUGAAAUUUAGUGGCUGUUUAGCAAACUUUAACCGGAUAAGCGCUUACCAAGUCACUUACCUUUCGAAUGAAAACAUGACAAGGACCGAAAAUCUUACCCGGUUGGUGACUCUUACCUAGUUAGUGCUUACCGUGUAAGAGACGCUUACCAACAAUCUUACUAUGUCAGUUUGAUGACCAAGAAUCUUAUCCGAUAAGAUAAGUAAGGGUGGUGACUCUUACCUGGUUACGAACACAUAAUGGGUGAGCGCUAACCGGGUGGGUCAGCACUAAUCACUGACCAAGUAAGAGUCCCUCCCUUAGCUUACUAGGUCAACAUCAUGAACCAGUAAGAGGGGCUUGGUAAACGGCAGCAUCUCUGGCCGGGUAAGCGGCUGUUACCCGGUAAGAGACGGUAAGCAGGUAGUAAACAACCCCUUAUCAAAUUUCUGGUACACUAGUGCUUGGUAUGUUCAUUAAGCAGGUAAUGCAGAUUCUUCUACCGAGUACAGGGUUCAAGGUUGGAUUUGAAUUCAUCUGGCCUUUGGCCUACAAGUAAGCUGCCCUUAAUGGAAAAGUCCAACCAUAGAUGCACAAGGUACAACCCAAGGAUAAAGUUUUUUUCUCAAUAUUGUAUGGGGUCAGCUGACCCCAUCCCAAUCCAGAGCAUAACUUUUUCAAUGAUGGGUACUCAUAAGGUGAAAGGCCUUCUUAAAGGCCUCAGAUAUAUCUCUCAAGUUUUUGAUGACGACAGCAAAAAUCAAGAAAUACAGAUUGGUGCUCCGACAGACGUGAAGCAUUUGGCUCAUGUCGGAUGUGAUGGACCAGUCCAGGAUUCUCCCAGCUGGAUGAGGGAGUUUGGUUCACCAGCACAAUGUCAAUCUGCAUCGAGGGACGAAGCCCCAAGCGAUGGCCCUGAUUGGGCUUCCGAAGAUUCAAGCCACCGGAUAUCUCGAAGAGAAAAACUAAAACACCGACAUCGCCGCCAUCGAUCAGUGGAAAAUGCUCUGGACCCUGAUUCCCGAAAUAAAGACUCGCCAGACAGAUCAAGGCAGCCUAGAAGACGCCACACCAAGACUUCGUACUCCGAACGCCGACAUUCCGAUGACCUGGGCGAAGGGGACGAAUCACCAACUAGAAAGCUACCAGAAAUCCCAAGAAGGACUCGGAAAAAGAAACCAAAGGAGGAAUCAGAUGGUGGGUUAUCAACUUCAUCGAGGUCUAAAGCAGACGAGAUAGGCUCCUUCGAUGCAGAUUAAUGGCAUGAAAAAAGGUAUUUGUUUGAUUUGUCGGUUUAGCUAGUCACUGUGUUUUUUCUUUGUAACUGUGGGUGUCCGGGACAGUUUGUGCACACCUCGACUAAUUCCAUGGGACUCUGGAGAUAAUAGACAGUGAACCCAAGCCCUAAGGCCUUAUUUUUGCUUAUAUGAAACAUGGAAAAAGGUUUCAUGGAAGCUUGUACAA